AUGACCCGCGUUGAACGAGUGCUUGGAGUCACCGAAGAGGAGCUGGUGCGCCAAAGCGCUGAGGAGCGGCAACUGUAUAUCUGCAAGCAAAUUGGUGAGACUGGCGAGGAGAUCCUUUGGUUUCGCAACAUUCAGACGGGAGUUUUGACCCCCAUUGGACCCUUCUGCACUCCAACUGUUGAAGAGUUGCGAGCACAAGUGAAACAAACGAUGAUGGACCAACCCGAAGAAGAAAACAAGGAUCGCCAGUUCUACUGCCUCUACCACGUGGACAUUGGAGAGUUGCAGACCCGCCUCAAGACCACAGAUCGUUGUUUGAUCCAGAUCGCUGGCAAUUUCAAUUGCCUCAAUGUUCCUAACCGACGCCGAAAACCCGACGAAGGAAGACUCGUGGAACUUGCCUUUCAACAAAAAACUCAAGGUCCAGCCGCAACGUUCGGGCCGCUCGCUUGCAAUCUCUUCCGCACACAUUUUUCCAUGCCAACACCCCAAUACUCUGGACAAACCUUGAAGCAUCAAAUCAGUUUGCUGGACAAUGUGAAAGAGUACACGGGAAUCCCUAUCAAUGGAAAACUGACACUUCGUGGAGAUGAGAUACCAAUACCCGACACCAUGGAUCUCGAUGCAAUUGUGGGCAAGGUUCGCGUAGGAUUGCAAACAGACUGUCACGUCAUGUACGGGCGAAACAAGCGACAACGAGAGGUCUACCUGCUAGAUACUGCAAAACAUUGCGAUGACUUUUCCAAGUUGCCUAUUGUGGAUCAAUGUCAUGUGGCAGCUGUCAAUUGGAAUUCUCUAACCGAGGACCACACGCGAAACCAUGUUCCUGCGUGGACGCAAACUCCUGCCAAACAAAAGGAAAUCUACAAUUUGUCACGGGCAUUGCUUCGCGCUGGCUAUGAAGGCGUGUACUUGGCAGCUCUGAUGCGACGCACGAAACAUUUGUACUUGACUUUGGUGGGUGGAGGUGUGUUUGGGAAUCCCAAUCAACUGAUUGUCCAAGAAUUGGCACAUGCCCACAAGAAAUGGGCCAGUCACCCUGCCUCUUGCUUAGAGGCAGUCUAUCUGUGCGGAUAUAGCCAGAAGGAUAACGUGGAAUGUUUGCUAAAGAAGGAGGGUAUUAAGAUUGCCAAGACCCGCAGAGUUGGUCAGUGA